GAGCCCUGGGCUUCGGGCUCCGGCGCCUGCGUCCGCCUGGCCCGGCUGUGCGCGGCUAGAGGCCGGACGGGAACUGGCAGCCGCACCCCGGAGGGAGCAGGGAAGGUUAUGGGGCGCGGCGGCUCGCCUGGGCCCCGUAGAUUCCGGAGCCCCGAGGGUUCCCCACUAGAUCUCCGCAGCGCCCCCUUCUUCUCACCCAGGGCUCGGUCCCUUAGUGAUUGAGAGACUCUCAAGCCUCCAGCUCUUCCAUGGCCAACGGAGUGAUUCCGCCGCCCGGGGGCGCCUCCCCGCUACCCCAGGUCCGGGUGCCCUUGGAGGAGCCCCCUCUAAGUCCAGAUGUGGAAGAGGAGGAUGAUGACUUGGGCAAGACCUUGGCUGUGAGCAGGUUUGGGGACCUCAUCAGCAAGCCCCCGGCCUGGGACCCUGAGAAGCCCAGCCGAAGCUACAGCGAGCGGGACUUUGAGUUUCACCGGCACACAUCCCACCACACCCACCACCCGCUCUCAGCCCGUCUGCCUCCACCCCACAAGUUGCGGCGACUGCCCCCCACCUCUGCCCGGCACACCAGAAGGAAGAGGAAGAAGGAGAAAACCUCUGCUCCCCCCUCAGAGGGGACUCCCCCCAUUCAGGAGGAAGGGGGAGCUGGAGGAGAUGAGGAGGAGGAGGAAGAGGAAGAAGAGGAAGGGGAAUCUGAAGCAGAGCCUGUGGAGCCAACAUCCUUGGGGCCCCAACAGAAAGCAAAGUUCUCCAUUGGCAGUGAUGAGGAUGACAGCCCAGGCCUUUCUGGCAGGGCUACCUGCAUCAAGGCCCUGCCCUCGGUGGGCCUGCAUUUUGACCAGAGCUCCCAGCACUCCGGCAGCUCCCCCAGCCCACGGGCCCGGGCUUCCCGAGUCUCUGCAGAGAAGAGCCGGCCUUGGAGUCCAUCAGCCAGCUAUGACCUGCGGGAGAGACUGUGCCCAGGCAGUGCCCUGGGCAACCCUGGGCCAGAGCAGCGGGUGCCUACUGAUGAGGCAGAGGCCCAGAUGCUGGGCUCUGCUGACCUGGAUGACAUGAAGAGUCACCGGCUGGAGGACAACCCUGGUGUGCGGCGGCACUUAGUGAAGAAACCCUCCCGGACACAGGGUGGGAGGGGCAGCCCCAGUGGCCUGGCCCCCAUCCUGCGUAGGAAGAAGAAGAAGAAGAAGCUGGACCGGAGGCCUCAUGAGGUGUUUGUGGAGCUGAACGAGCUGAUGCUGGACCGAAGCCAGGAGCCACACUGGCGGGAGACAGCACGCUGGAUCAAGUUUGAGGAGGAUGUAGAGGAGGAGACGGAGCGCUGGGGGAAGCCCCAUGUAGCCUCACUGUCCUUCCGUAGUCUAUUGGAGCUCAGGAGGACCAUCGCCCAGGGAGCGGCCCUUCUGGACCUGGAGCAGACCACCCUGCCAGGCAUUGCACACCUAGUGGUAGAGACCAUGAUCGUGUCUGACCAAAUCCGGCCUGAGGACAGGGCCAGUGUCCUUCGGACUCUGCUCCUGAAACACAGCCAUCCCAAUGAUGACAAGGACAGUGGCUUCUUUCCCCGAAACCCAUCAAGCUCCAGUGUGAACUCAGUUCUGGGGAAUCACCACCCAACCCCCAGUCAUGGCCCGGAUGGCCCAGUACCCACCAUAGCUGAUGACCUGGGGGAGCCAGCCCCAUUGUGGCCUCAUGACCCUGAUGCCAAGGAGAAGCCCCUCCACAUUCCUGGGGGAGAUGGCCACCGGGGGAAAAGUCUAAAACUGCUGGAGAAGAUUCCUGAAGAUGCAGAGGCCACUGUCGUGCUUGUAGGCUGUGUGCCUUUCUUGGAGCAGCCAGCAGCAGCUUUUGUGCGGCUGAGCGAGGCUGUGCUCUUGGAGUCUGUGCUUGAGGUCCCUGUGCCUGUCCGCUUCCUUUUUGUGAUGCUGGGGCCCAGCCACACCAGCACUGACUAUCACGAGCUGGGGCGCUCCAUUGCUACCCUUAUGUCUGACAAGCUGUUUCACGAGGCUGCCUACCAGGCAGAUGACCGGCAGGACCUGCUGGGUGCCAUCAGUGAGUUCCUGGACGGCAGCAUUGUGAUCCCCCCAUCUGAGGUAGAGGGUCGUGACCUACUGCGCUCAGUGGCUGCCUUCCAGCGUGAGCUGCUGAGGAAGAGGAGGGAGCGAGAGCAGACCAAAGUGGAGAUGACCACUCCAGGGGGCUAUGCAACCCCAGGCAAAGAGCUGUCUUUGGAGAUGGGGGGCUCCGAGGCAACCCCUGAAGAUGAUCCCUUGCUGCGGACAGGCUCAGUGUUUGGGGGGCUGGUGCGGGAUGUGAAGCGCCGGUACCCACACUAUCCCAGUGACCUGCGUGAUGCGCUGCAUUCCCAGUGCGUGGCCGCCGUGCUUUUCAUCUACUUUGCAGCCCUCAGCCCUGCCAUCACUUUUGGGGGGCUGCUAGGAGAGAAGACCGAGGGGAUGAUGGGUGUGUCAGAGCUGAUUGUGUCCACCGCUGUGCUUGGGGUCCUCUUCUCUCUGCUGGGGGCUCAGCCACUGCUGGUGGUGGGCUUCUCUGGGCCUCUGCUGGUCUUUGAAGAAGCCUUCUUUAAGUUCUGCAGAGCCCAGGACCUGGAAUACCUCACCGGCAGAGUGUGGGUAGGCCUUUGGCUGGUGGUCUUUGUCCUGGCCUUGGUGGCUGCUGAGGGCAGCUUCCUCGUCCGCUACAUCUCGCCUUUCACCCAGGAGAUUUUUGCCUUCCUCAUCUCGCUCAUUUUCAUCUAUGAGACCUUUCAUAAACUCUACAAGGUGUUCACAGAGCACCCUCUCCUGCCAUUCUACCCACCGGAGGGAGCCCUGGAGGCUAGCUUGGAGCUGAAUAGUAGUGCCCUGCCCCCCACAGAGGGACCUCCAGGUCCGAGGAACCAGCCCAAUACUGCUCUGCUGUCUCUUAUCCUCAUGCUGGGGACCUUCCUCAUCGCCUUCUUCCUACGCAAGUUCAGGAACAGCCGCUUCCUGGGGGGCAAGGCUCGACGCAUCAUCGGGGAUUUUGGCAUCCCCAUUUCCAUUCUGGUAAUGGUUCUUGUGGACUACUCCAUCACUGACACCUAUACACAGAAGCUGACUGUACCCACAGGGCUCUCAGUGACCUCCCCACAUAAGCGCACGUGGUUCAUCCCACCCUUGGGCAGCACCCGUCCCUUCCCACCAUGGAUGAUGGUGGCUGCUGCUGUCCCUGCACUCUUGGUCCUCAUCCUGAUAUUCAUGGAGACACAGAUCACUGCACUCAUUGUCAGCCAGAAGGCACGGAGGCUGCUCAAGGGCUCUGGCUUCCACCUGGACCUGCUGCUGAUUGGCUCCUUGGGUGGCCUUUGUGGGUUGUUUGGUUUGCCCUGGCUCACAGCCGCCACAGUCCGCUCUGUCACCCAUGUCAAUGCGCUGACAGUGAUGCGUACUGCCAUUGCACCUGGCGACAAGCCCCAGAUUCAGGAGGUGCGGGAGCAGCGGGUCACCGGGGUGCUCAUUGCCAGCCUCGUGGGCCUGUCCAUUGUCAUGGGGGCUGUGCUACGCCGGAUCCCAUUGGCUGUGCUCUUCGGGAUUUUCCUGUACAUGGGGGUCACGUCACUGUCUGGUAUCCAGUUAUCCCAGCGUCUCUUGCUCAUCUUCAUGCCAGCGAAACACCACCCCGAGCAGCCUUAUGUGACCAAGGUGAAGACAUGGCGAAUGCAUCUGUUCACCUGCAUCCAACUGGGCUGCAUUGCACUACUGUGGGUGGUCAAGUCCACGGUAGCCUCACUGGCCUUUCCCUUCCUUCUGCUGCUCACGGUGCCUCUGAGGCGUUGCCUUCUGCCGCGAAUCUUCCAGGACAGGGAGCUGCAGGCGCUGGACUCAGAAGAUGCUGAGCCAAACUUUGAUGAGGAUGGCCAGGAUGAGUACAACGAACUGCACAUGCCUGUGUGACCCUCGAGAUGGUGCCCCUCAGACACCCUACCUUGGUGACUCACAGACCCUAGGAUCCCAGACAGAGCCCAGGGCCAGGACCAGGCCAUUCUUCAUCACCCAGGGAUGUGCCUGGAGCCACUGCCCAUAUCGGGCCAGUGGCCCCCCAACUUUGGUGGGGCUUUUCACAGACUAGACGGCACAGGCUUUGAACUCAUUACAACACACUCCUUGUCUUGUGUCUGCCUCACUUUAUUGGUGCCACCUCUGGUUUCCCAGGUCACACUUACCCAUCUAGAAUGGGAAGAAUUCCAUGAUCAGGGUCAGCAAAACAGGGAGAGGACAGAGACCUUGAGGAAAAUGGGAUAAUCAAGACUAUAGAAAGUCAAAACUGGACCUUAUCAUCCCCUCCUCAGCCACCUCAAGUACAGCGGAGGAGCAGAAGGCUCAAGGGCUAAGCAAGGUCACAUACCCAUUAAUCCAGCCCCUGCUUAGGAGGAAUAGGGAGGCAUUGCCCCUCCUUAGCCACUAGGGAAAUCGGUGUCUUCUGUCCUAUGGGGCUACAGAGCUGAAUGGAAAAUGUGUAUCUUUUCUUGCUCCCUGGCAUUCUGGGGAGCAGGGACAGCAGCCUAGUCCUGUAGACACCAGGGCGGCUCAGUGUUUGGGGCCGGCUGGACCAUUUUAGAUUCUCCUGGCUUUAGAGUGAGGCAGUUCUAGGAUUCCCGAAGCCAAUCCUUGUGCCAUAGUCUCUGUUUUGCCAGAAAUAACCUGGGAGGCCUUGAAGAGGGUGGAAACAGGACCCAUUGCGUCACAGUUGCUUGGUUACCAGCUGCCUGAUGGAGCCAGUCAGCCCUGUGUGGCCCUCUAGUGGUGUUUUUUCGUACUGCAGGCUCUGUCGGCUGAGGAGGAGUAACGCUGCCACCUGGCGGAUCCGCUGCAAUCAGAAGUCUUGUUCUAGGGGGUUCAGUUCCCAGAGAGGUCUGAGAGGUUCAUGGUUGUCUGCCCCUUCAAGCAUCCAGGGCUAAUGGUUCUUUACUUCACAUGGGCCUUUCCCUCAUGAGCUGGCCCUGCCACCUUAUCUUUCCCCCAUUUUUCUCGUAUAUGUUCAGGCCAACAGCUAGUGCCUGAGGUGGAACAAAGGGCAGUGUUGAUGCCUGUUGUGUCCCAAGGCAGAGCUGAGCCUUCCAGCUGUCCUGGAUUAUCAUCUCGUUUUAAGCGUUUCAUCCCAGCUGCCUGCGCACCCUUGGUCUCUGAUACCACCAUGCAUCUUAACUACAUCUGGCCACUGCCCCUGGCCCAUGUGAGGACAAAAUCCCUUUUCCUUUGAAUGGGCCAAAAUAAGACGUAAUUUCCAAAACUGCCAAGGAACAAAGUGAAGGUUAUAUGCAAAGCCUAGAUCACAGGCGUGUACAGAACACCUUCCAUACACAAAGGGCAGAUUCCCCUCACAGGCAGGCUUGGCUGAGAAGCUGCCCCCCUGGGAACCCCACUUCCUCCCCUAGACUGUAGCCCUUUUCUGCUAGCUGUUGUUUGGGUAUUCCUAUGCAAUUCAGGAAGGAACCUUUUGCCAGUACCCUUAGAGGAAGUGGCUACCUGAGCCUGAAGACUUGCUCUUCAUUGGGCCCAGCUUGAGUCAGUCAUCUCUGCUGGCCAAUAGCUGAGGACUUUGGGUGUUCUCUACUGCAAAGUGGAAAAAAAAGAGGGUUUUGAAACAAGUGUGUCCUAGUCAGGAUAGGUGGACUAGGAUGGCUUCCAGUAAAAUUAGACCAUCAGGCCUCAGUAAAAGGUGAGAAAACAAAGGUAGAAUGAGACAUAAAUAACCAUGUCACUUAACAUGGAAAGAGUAAGAUUCAGAGCCUGGAUCUGUAAAAACCAUUCCUGUCUGUACCUCCUUGGCACUUUCCCUCACUGAACCACUGGCUGAGGUUUAGGAGGCCCAGGAAGUCGAACCUGAGGUGGGCCUGUCAGAAGAAUGGGGAAUUCUUCCUCACUUGCAGUGGGCGCCUGAGCAGGGUUCAAGAAGACCAACGGCUGGAUGAACAAAGCCAACUGUCACCAGGACAGGUGUGUGAGGGAGGAGUAGAGGGUCUGUGAGAGACAAGGAAUGACAGCAUGUUCCAUACUAGCCUGGGCCUGGAUGAUUAGAGCAGGUGUCAUUUGGAAACGUAGAAUUUGCCCUGAAGCCUUGCUAGUCUCCAUGCUUCCUCUUUCUCUUGAUCACAUUCUCUAAGGGCCUGGCCCCUUUGACGACUUUUUCAAGGCAUGGAGGGCAAUCAGUAGAGAGCAGCCUCAUCCUGAUGGUACAGUUUGGGAGGAUAUGACAGGACAGGUGUAGAAUGUGGUCCUCCUAGUAAAACAGCUGCCAUUAUCAGACCAGUUGUGCCUGCUUGCAAGAGACUAUCAAGAGAGGGAUGUGGACUAUUGAUACUUCCUCAGAAAAGGAGGGGCUCGAGGGUCAUUGGAUCCGCACUUGAGAUUCCAACCUCUGCUCCCAGCCAUUGGUAUGCAGUUCAGCCUAACUGCACUUGGUGUGCCCAGGUGGGUGGCCUGGCCUCAGGGUGUAUGGAGAUGCUACAGUAAAUAGUCUGGGGAAGGUUGAUGGAAGGGGGCUUCAUCUAUGUGGCCAUGGGUCGUGGGUGAAGUCUUUCCAUUGUGAAUGCUUUGGGGUUAAGCUCCUGUAGGCAACCCUUCACCCAUGCUCUGUAAGUUAAGCCCAAUAAACUCUCCAGUUCCU